GCUUAUUGUCCCAAACAACUGGCGGACUAGCCUAAGGUUUGCAUGCAUGUCGGUGUUUUCUUAACGGCACCAAAUGUGUACUAAUGGCGUUGUGAAGUCCAGGUUCCACAAAAUCAAGACAGAAAUUCCCGGAUUGAUGGGUUGAGGCACACAGAACUCACAUCUGCCAAGACGAUAUGACCAAGAGCGAAGAAUUCAAUUCACUGUUCCGCUCGGAAUCAUCCGACGACCUUGCUGAGUCGACGGGUCGCCAGCGAGCACAAUCUAGAUGGGUAACCGUAGAGCCCAUCAUCAUAUUGUCGAUGAUCGGCAACACCUGCACGGCCCUCGUCAGGCCGCUCUACGUGAAAGAAUUCAUCAGCGAGUUUUACAACUACACCGUGAGUGGUGACGACACCGAAUGCUUGGACGACCAAUACCGCAAUGAACAGCUCAGCAACAAGAUACAAGCAGAGUCUUCCGUCUGGUUGUUGUACCUCGCCGCUGCCUCUGGUAUCCCUGCUAGUCUGAGUACCAUCUUCUUUGGAUCCACCAGCGAUAGAUUUGGCAGGAAACUAGCAAUGGCUAUCCCGCUCCUUGCCUUCGCGUUUCAAGCUGCAGUGUACCUCUUCACGGUUAUCUUCAAGCUUCCCCUGGCCGUCCUCUUCACGGGCGAAGUCCUGCAGGGGCUGGCUGGAGGCUAUGGGCUACUGUACGCUGCCACACACGCUUAUCUGGCUGACGCAACCACCGAGAAACAACGAACAAUCAGAAUGGUGGUCGCUGACAUGCUGCAGUAUCUGGGUGGAGGGUUGAAUCAACUAGGACAAGGGUAUCUCAUCCAAUUCGGUUACAUCCCGACCUUGGUGGUUGCGCUUGGGAGUAACAUGGUCGCCCUGUACUACCUUGCUAUCCCACCCUGCCUGAUCGAGACCGUCGAAAAAAGUUCCACUGACCACAAGGGUCUCAUGGAAGUCUUCCAAAGCAUGAAAGAGCUUGUCGUGUUCAACGAGAAUGGACGGCGUUGGCAGAUGUUUCUCCUGAUUUUGUACGUAUUAUUCUGCGUGGGAGAAUUCAUCGGCGUCACGGCAAUCUACGUGCUGUACGGAACGGACCAUCCCUUCUACUGGGGGUGCCAAACGGCUGGAAUUGCUUUGGCACUCAUUUGGAUCUUUUAUUCUAUUGGGAUGCUGGUUGGUACCAAACUCUUCUCAUUGUGUCUGGGAGACUACUGGCUGAUGCAGAUAAGCUGCCUCAGUUUCAUGGCCUCCUACCUCAUCAUGGGAUUAGCGGAUACUACUGCGGAACUCUUCAUUGGUUUGUCAAAACAUUGCAUUUAGCAAAACCUAAAUUGCGGCAAUUUAUUUUUUCUUCAUCUAUAAAGCUGUACAAUCAGUGUUGUAUUGAGUACAUUUCCACGAAUACCUUGCCAUAUGAGUACGUCAGGCAAUUUUUUCCCAUGAGUGCGAGAACGAGUACCCAAAAAUUGAACUCGAGUACGAGUAUAUACAAAUACUUUCCACAAACAGGAGCAACUUUCAAUUGUUCACGUGUUAGCAAGGGCCUUUUGCUGUCAAAACAAAUGCAGAAGCCUCCCAAACAGUAGUGUUCUUUUCCUACAUACAUCUGUUAAACAUUUUAACUUUUUUGCAGGAGAAUAUUAAAUGGGGCACGAGUACUUUGUGAUGUGAGUACGGGUAAUCGUUUUCUUGCGAGUACGAGUACGAGUACAUUUUCAUGAGUAUGAGUAUACGAGGACCAAAAAUGGACCGGAGUUCGAGAGCUGUAGGAUAUAUACUACAGCAUUGUUUACAAUUAUGAACACUAAUAGAAAGCCCAAGGAUCUUUACCUUUCCUCUUUUUGAUAGAUAAGAGAAACCUGAAACCUAUGAAUAGCCCAAGUGAGCCUAGCUAACUUGUGAUUUUGACUCUUGACAUUCACGGUUCUGAAACGUUGUCUCUUAUAAAUUACACGUCUUUCUUUUAAACAAGUUACAGAACCUGAAGUUUGUUAUCACAUAGCAGGAUCUUCAGAUGGAUCUUCAUCAAAGGUCUUCGAUGAAGAUUUUGCUAGGAUGGAAGACCCUCUUUAAUGG